AUGGCGUCCAGGGCGCGCGCGAUGGCGACGGCGGCGACGCGCGCGCGAGGGGUCGGGACGCACGCGACGCGCGCGGUCGACGCGUGCGCGUGGACGCGCGCGAUGGGACGAAUGACGUGUACAUCGCGAACCGCGCUCGCGGUCGACGCGACGACGGUGUCGAGGGCUCGGACGUUCGCGCGCGGCGGGGGAAGAGGUGGGACGAGUGCGAUGGGGGCGCGGUGGGGGACGACGGCGGCGAGCGGGAGGGUGAGCGCGUGGGCGAAGGCGGCGAAGGCGGCGACCGCCGGGUCGAUGACCGCGGGCGUCGCGAAGCGAGGGAUGACGACGGCGGCGAGUCCGGCGAUCACGACGCACUUGGUCGUCGGAGGCGAUCGCGCGGUACGUCAGGUGGCGUGGUGGCUCGGUGGAGGGUGCGCGUGGGUGUUCUCCAUGGUUGUCUUGGGCGGAAUGACGCGGCUCACGCGAAGCGGGCUGUCGAUGACAGAUUGGAAGUUCGAGUACGAGCACCCACCGCUCACGGAUGAGGAUUGGGCGAGGGAGUUCGAAAAGUACAAACAGAGUCCGGAAUACAAGAAGUCUAACCUCGGAAUGACGGUGGAGGAGUAUAAGUUUAUUUAUUGGAUGGAGUACGGGCACCGAAUGUGGGGACGCGUGUUGGGGUUGUACUUCGUCGGUCCGCUCGCGUACUUCGCGUCGAAGGGGUACAUCACCUCGGCGCUUGCGAAGAGGUUGGGCGUAUUCUUCGUCCUCGGCGCGACGCAAGGGAUGAUCGGGUGGUGGAUGGUGAAGAGUGGUCUCGAGGAGCAAGAAUUUUCUUACGACGUCCCUCGCGUGAGUCCGUAUCGAUUGGCGACGCACUUAACUGGUGCUUUCACUAUUUAUACGGGCAUGCUUUGGACGACGCUGAAUGUCAUCUAUCCGUCAUCACCGAGCCAGAGCGCUGGGGCGAGUCAGGCGCUCAUCGACGCCACGAGGCGUCUUCACCGAGUUGUGCACCCUCUCGCCGCUCUCAUCGGCGUGACAGCCAUUUCUGGGGCUUAUGUCGCCGGUAUGGACGCGGGUAGAGCGUACAACACGUUUCCACUCAUGGGCGGUAGAUGGAUUCCCGAGGAAUACCUCGAUCAAUGGGAUCAGAAAGGAUGGAGAAAUUUUUUCGAAAACACAGCGGCGGUGCAAUUUGACCAUCGCGUGCUCGCCUUGACAACGCUAGCGAGUGUCACUGCCGUUUGGCUCGGCCAUCGCAACUCCGCGGCGUUGCAUCCAAGAACGCGGGUACUUCUUCAUGCUUUGCUUGCCACGACGGCGGGGCAGGUGACUCUCGGAAUUACCACGUUGCUUCAUCAUGUCCCGGUCGAACUCGGCUCUGCGCACCAGGCGGGCGCCUUGACUCUAUUUACCGUUGUCUUAGCCUUAAUGCACUCCGUGCGCGGACCUAAGCGCGUACGACUUUAG